GGAUGAGUGCGCUAACAUACCUGUAGGUUGCUGUUUUAAUGCUUUUAAUGUUUUUAAUGAUGGAAAACAACAAUGGCUGAGUUUGCGCUCUCCGGUCGCAUGAUAGCCCCUUUUCAGGGUGUAACAUUUUGGCGGAACCGCUGGGAUGAAUGUGAUGAGGGCCCACUGUCCCAGAUAGACGCCCCAGUCAUCAUUCAACCCCUCACAUCAAAUACCACGGUGGGAGAUACAGUGUGCUGGUUUCGACAGUUAUGCAGAGGGACCUGCAUGCAACCUGAGGUUAACUGCUGGUGCCAGGGAAGCUGCACUGAGUCUUCUGCAAAGAGGUCUUACAUCACACUGAUCUUUUCCACAAACCACAGACUGAAAUGGAGUCUUCAGGGCUAGAGGACCUGAAGUUAGAAGUUGCUGGUACAUUGUAUACAGUGACAAGAGACAUUUUGAUCGAAGUUUGUGAUUUCCUAAAUAUUGCUGGUUCAAAACUUGAAAAGGUAUCGGGUAAAAGUCGUACCUUUCUCAUUUCCUAUAUAAUACAGCACUUAGAAAGAGAGGAGCUGGGUGAGCUUGAAGAUGAGGGUAUGUCAGAGCUACUGAUUUUGAAAGAAAAAAUUUUUGAGUUGCAACAGGCUGCUCAGAAUGGUACAUCGGGACACAAAACCCCAGAUGCUAACCAGACAGAUGAGGUGCAGGAACAGGUUGGUGAGGCCUCAGAAGAAGAAAAGCUGAUAAAGGAAAUAGAGACGCUUCAGUUGGCUCUUGCAUUAUCACGACAGAACAAGGCAAAGCAACCUAGUAAAUGGUAAAUGGCCUGUAUUUAUAUAGCGACAGCCAAACUGUCAAUGAGUGUGGGGGACAAUAGUGCUAAACAAACCACUCCACCUUUUCUGACAUUACCGUGGGGCAGAGAAUUCAAAAUAUCAGGUCAGAUUGGUGAGCCCGGCCAAAAGGAUAAACUAACUUUCUCCAGCCUAGCUCACCAGAUUGAACAAGGCAUCAGCAAAGGAGUCCCUGAAAUAGAAAUAGCUGAUGCAGUAAUCAGGGCAAUAGCACCUGGCUUACAAUUGCGCAGCUACCUGGAGGGCAAAACCAACCUUACGUUGCCUACCCUGAGGAGGAUUCUAAGGUCCCACUACCAAGAACGAGGUGCAACAGAACUUUACAAACAACUCACGUCAGAGGUCCAAAGCAUUAAAGAAACCCCACAAACUUUCUUGAUCCGUGCCCUAGACUUAAGACAGAAAAUUCUGUUUGCAUCACAAGAAGCUGAAUCUGGCUUAAGAUAUGAUCCUGUGCUUGUACAGAGCAUGUUCCUUCAUACAGUUCUGACAGGCCUGCAAAAUGAUAACAUUAAAAGUGACCUCCAGCCCUACCUACAGGAAACCACAACCAGUGAUGAGCUCCUCCUUGAGAAACUCAAUGUUGCCUGUGCCAGUGAAGCAGAGAGACAAAAUAAAAAGAAGUUACACUCCCAGCAGCGGCCAACCACUGUGCAUUCACUUCUGUCUGACACCACUGCAGAUAAAAAAGGAAAAAACCUGAAACCUGAAUCCAUCAGCAAAGCUCAGCCUGACCUACUAAAUGAACUUAAAGAAAUACGUUCUGAUAUGGCAUUAUUGAAAAAUCUUGGUGCUGAAGUUGCACAAAUCAAAGAAAUAAUUCAACAGCCUAGUCCAGCACAAACACAGUAUUCUGCCUCACUUGCAGCACCAGAAUGUGUUCCCUCUUCUCAUCUCGAGCAUCUGCCACACAACUGCUGGCCUCCUGUGGGACCUGGACGGAGAGGUGAUACAGCUCAGUAUCAACAGAGGUUUGCACCACAACGUCAGUAUCCUGCUGUAAACCGAGCACGCCUAAGGAGAUGCUUUGGCUGCCAGCAAAGUGGGACUGAGUACUGCAACCAUUGCUAUCGAUGUGGUAGCAGUGAACACUUUCUCGCAGGUUGCAGGGCGAAACUAACUAGACCAGACAAAGAUCAAGCUUUAAACGGAUGGUGGUUGCCCCCACGGGACAGGGAGUAACCAAUAAUAGUGUAACGUCCCA